AUGGAGAGCACAGAUGUGGAGUUGGACCUCCAACGGAGUGUGCAGGCCGUGCUCCGAGAGCUCAGUGCCCAGAGUCCAGCUCUACAGAGCAACCAAGGCAUGUGGAGAUGGUCCCUACACAAGAAAGUGGAAAGAGAUCCUGGAAAGAGCCCAGCGCUAGUCCGAAUUCUUCUUGGAGAACUGGAAAAGGCAGAGAGAGAGGACCUCCGGCAUGUCAUCCUUCCCUUGCUGCACACACUAAUGUAUGUGAUCGUGAAGGCAACUGGCAUAACCGAAGAGCUGUACCGGAGAACCUAUAUCUUUUGUACAAAGUUAUUGACACUGCCCACACCCUACAGUACAGUGGCCUUGGACUGCGCCAUACGGCUGAAAACAGAGAUGUCCGUCCCUGGGACGCUGUACCAGAGGCUGGUGAUCGCUGAACAAAACUUAGAGAGUGAAUUGUAUCCCUACCAGGAGAGAGUGUUCCUCUUUGUGGAUCCUGAAUUGGUGUCGCCCUCCGUGUGCAGUGCCCUGUUACUGGAGAUUGAAGCCGCCCAGGUACAGCAGACACCAGAGGUGUGCAUGCGUCAUGUAAUCUUACAUGCACUGCAGGCAGCCUUGGGGGAGUCCUGCCAAGUGGAAGCCCUGCAAGGGAAGCUACAGGCCAGUUCCAAGAGCACCCUGGUGAGUUAUUUCCACACGGUGGUAGACGUCAUGGAGCAGAUGGCCAGGAGCCCAGAGGGAUACCAGGAGAGGCUGGAGGAGAUAUAUAACUCACUGCUUGGGAAAGCAUUUGGAAGGGAAGGUGGUGACUCUUUACCAGACCGGCCACCAAGCAUCCCUCUGCCCAGUCCGUACAUCACCUUCCACCUGUGGACAGAUGAGGAGCAGCUCUGGAAGGAGCUGGUCCUCUUCCUGCGCCCCCGGUCCCAACUGCACCUCAGUCCUGACCUGGAAGCUUUGGAUCUGCAGGGCUGCCUGCCUGACCACGACUUAGUGUGGGGUUCAGUGCUGUCCCCCUACAGCGCCAUUGAGCGGGACCUUUCUAUGGGCUCAUCUGAGCUGCCUGAGUCCAACAGCCCUGAGAUGGAGCGUGGAGGGCUGCAGCGCAAAGGGGGUGUCAAGAAGCGGGCCUGGCCCCCCUACAGUCUGAUGCCUGGCAGUUUGGAUGGGCCCCCAGGACUUCAUCGGAAGACAGGCAGGCCCAGUGGGGACGGGGAGCUGCUACCUGGGGUCUCCCGACUCCACACAGCCCGGGUGCUGGUAUUGGGAGAUGACCGAAUGUUGGGGUGCCUAGCCCAGGCUUACCACACACUCAGGAAGCGGGACAUGCAGAAAUGCUACCUUACUCCCAGGCUCAGCCUACAGCUCUACUACAUCCCUGUGACUGCACCGAAGAAGCCUGUUGCACCCACAAACUCGGACCUGGGAGAGCUGGCAGCGUUCCUGGGCCGUGCAGACCCAUGGUAUGAGAGAACCAUCAACACACUCUGUCCUGCCAUCCACAAGCUGGCAGAGAUGCCUCCUUCUCUGGACAUACCCCAGACUGUGGACCCCUUCAUCCUGGAUGUCAUCACCUACUAUGUUCGUAUGGGCACUCAACCUAUCUAUUUCCAGAUCUACACAGUCAAGAUGUUCUUCAGUGACCUGAGUCAAAAACCAGCAGAGGAAAUUUUCCUCACAGAGCUGAAGGUGAAGAUCCAAGACACCAAACUUCCCAAAGAUGGUCCUUCACCCAGAAAGAGAUGUGGCGCUGAAAUCCCAGGGGCAGAACUCUCCAUUUGCUACCAGAAGUUCCUGCUUAGCCAACGGAGUCAAGAAGUCACCAUCUCACUGCGGACCACAGAGCUAGUCCUAAAGGCUCUUCCGGGGAGUGACAUUGAAGGUUCAGGAUCUACACACUACCCUCCUGUUACAGACCACAAGUGCCUGAAUGUUUCUGUGACCGAGGUUGUCAAGUCUUCUAACUUGGCAGGAAAGUCCUUCUCUAUGGUGACAAACACUUUCCGGACAUCCAACAUUCAAAUCCAGAGUCAGGACCAGAGACUGUUAACAUUAUUUCUGGACAAAGACAACCGGCGCACUUUCAAGGAUGUGAUCAGAUUCGAAAUUGCUCCAUGCCCAGAACCAUGUUCUGGAGCUCAUAAGUCCAAGAUGCCAGGACCUGGUUCACAGGAGAUGGAAAUAAAAAAAACCAAUCCCAAGCCCCUUCUUAUGCCCAUCAACACAUUCUCUGGCAUUGUCCAGUGA